AUGGCGACGUCUGGAGAAGGCAGUAACCCAGCUGGCAGAGCCACACCGCGGCCCCUGGCGCAGCCGCAGGAGCUCGAGCCCCGGGUGGCGCGCAGACGCCUGUCCCAGGCGCGCCACCGGGCCACCCUGGCCGGGCUCUUCUCCAGCCUCAGGGAGACGGUCUACUCCCAGUCUGAACUCGUAGCCUCAAAGUGGCAGGUUCUAAAUAAGGCAAAGACUCAUAUUCAGGACCUGGAACAAACCUUGGACAAUCUGCUGAAGCUGAAAGGGUCCUACCACCUGGAGGAUGGGAAUGCAAACAGCCUAGAAGAGGCCAAGGAAGAAUUUGCCAGAAUGUACUGCCAAGAUCACAGCCUGUUUGCUCCCCCAGUUCAUCAGAAAGACUCUGCCACCUGGUACCCUUUUGAGAUAGUCGGGAAGGAAGAGGAGGAGGAAGAAGAGAUGGAAGAGGAAGACAAAAAAGUGGAACCAUUUCAGUUCCCCAUCACCUUGACCCCAGACCUCUUGGAAUUUGAACGGUAUCUCAACUUCUACAAGCAGACGAUGGAUCUUCUGACCGGGAGCGGGAUCGUCCCCUUGGGGGAGGUGACACUCCCCAUCGUCUCUGCGGCCAUCUCCCACCUGUGGCAGAAUCUCUCUGAGGAGAGGAAGGCCAGUCUCCUGCAGGCCUGGCUGCAGAAGCACAGCAACCUCCGGGGCCCCACAGCGGCCGGCCAGGAACCCGUGGGGACCCAGGGCAGCUUGAGGGACAGCGGAGUGGACAGCCAAGGGGCCAGCUGCUCACUCGUCUCCACCCCGGAGGAGAUCCUUUUUGAAGAUGCCUUUGAUGUGGCAAGCUUCCUGGACAAAAAUGAGGCUCCAAGUACUUCUAGCUCCAGUUCUCUGCUUGCUAGCAGCAACCCAGAAAACCCAGAGAACAAGUUUCAGCUCUAUAUGCAGAUCAUUGAAUUUUUUAAGGGCCUCUGCUCCAUUAACAUGACCAUCAAGGAGGAACCAGACCUUCCUGUUGAUGAUGAGAUGAUCAUGUUGAGAUGCUUGGAGACCUUUGAUGAUGACGAUUUGUGA